UCUCAGAGAUAUUUGAUCCUUGAUUUUUUUUUUUAAACGCAAGAAAGAAGGCGAAGAACUCCGAAGAAGAGGAUAUACAAAUCGAUCGCAAGGAAAAGCCAUUGAAUUACAGAAUCGACUCGAAUCGAAAUUUGGAGCUAAUAAUCCCAAUCGAUGUCUGUUUAUGAACAAACCGGAACCGUUACAUCAUCAAAGAAGAGAAAAUCUAGGGCACGAGCAGACGGUAAGACAGUGGCUGAUAGGCUAAAGCAAUGGAAAGAUUCAAACGGAGGAGAGAAUCAACAGAGACGGAUAGUUCAUGCGAAAGGCUCCAAGAAAGGCUGUAUGAGAGGCAAAGGAGGACCAGAGAAUACUAACUGUAGAUUCAGAGGUGUUAGACAAAGGGUUUGGGGUAAAUGGGUCGCUGAGAUACGGGAACCUAACAGAGUAAGUAGGCUUUGGCUUGGCACUUUCCCUACCGCUGAAGAAGCUGCUUGUGCCUAUGAUGAAGCGGCUAGGGUUAUGUACGGUCCCUUGGCUAGGCUUAACUUCCCUGGCUCUGUUGGCUCUGAGUUUACUAGCACGUCGAGUCAGUCUGAGGUGUGUACGGUUGAGGAUAAGGUGGUGAUUGGUGUUGAUGUUUGUGUGAAGCGAGAGGAUACUGAUUGUGAAUCUAAACCAGUUAGUCAGAUUGUAGAUGUUAAGCAAAGCUAUGGUGAUAGUAGGCUGCAGGACAGUAGUGUGGUUGAACAUCGAGAUGUUGUGAAUAGCAGGCUGAGUUCUUACUUGCUGGAUGAGUUUGAGCAGGAUUAUCAGAGCAGGUUAACUAAAGAAUUAGAGAAACCGAAGGAGGAGGAAGAAGUGAUACAGCCGCAGCAGGAGCCAGAGCCGGAGCUUACUGUUGCUGAUUACGGUUGGACUAUUGAUAUGCAAAACGAGCAGGGCUUUUGGGAUCAGGAUGAUUUGUUUGAUGUUGAUGAACUCCUUGGUGAUCUGGAUGUAGACCUGCUACCCGGUUCUGAUCCAUCCCAAAACCAGAACCAAGAGCAGGUACACCCUGGUGGUAAUGAUUCACAUCCUUUUAUGCUGGAGCCACACAAUGAUCCUUGCCAAAACCAAAGCCAGGUACAGCCUAGUGGCGAUUAUUCACAUCCUCUUGAGCUGGAGCCACACAAUGGUCACGAGUUCUUUGACUUGGGUUUCCUGGAUCUUUGAGAGUUCAGAAGCAAUGAAUGGGUCUGCAAGACUGCAAUAGACGCUCUGUAUUUGAUCAUGCAUUAGCAACAAGAAAUGGGUGUUGAUGUUAUACAUUUCAAAAUGAAAAAGAUUGCAACUUCCUAAUGUUUGCUCUUUUCUUGAAUCAAUAAGUGUUCUCAUUUAUUGAGUUUAAUAUAAGAUGACAGAGUUCCACCUUUUUGUAGAACAAAAGUGUUACAUAGUGAAGGAUAAUCAUAAUUUACAAUUA